CACUCCUCCAGAAAAUACUCGUGUAGCUCAGCAGAGCUCCGUAUUUUAUUUACCUUUUCAUAUUUUACAUAUAAAACAUGGUGGCAGCUGUACUCCGUCUCCAAGCAUAGACAAAGAGGGGAAAAAGUUAAUAACAAUCUGGAGAUACCUAAAUAUGGAGAUAAAAACACGAGAGACUUGUCGCGUAGAUGGCGGUUUUGUUGGUGUUCCUGGCCAUACUUAGUCUGUUCGUGGGCGCCGUCCGCGUUCAGGGCUUCAUGCCGGUUCCCCCUGACGACGGGCCCUGCCCCGUUUUCCCCGUAGUAGAAAAAUUCGACCUCCAUGCGUACCUCGGCCGAUGGUAUGAGAUCGAGCGCUUCUUCAAUCCGUUCCAAGACGGCUCCUGCGUCACGGCCGACUACGCGCUCUUCCCGAAUGGCAGCGUGUCCGUUCUCAACUCCGACGUCCAGGAAGGUGAACUAAAUACAAUCGCUGGCGUGGCGACUCUAUCAGAUGACCCAAGUGCUGGUCAACUCUUUGUGGAAUUUCCUUUCACCGCUGGCUUCGAUGGAAACAGCAUGGGGAGAAACAAACCUAACUACAAUGUGGUUGCAACCGACUACAAAAACUACGCUGUUGUCUACACGUGUGAAUAUUUUGGACCUGAACUUAAAUUUGAAUUUUCUUGGAUAUUGGCACGUAGACCACAGAUUCCAAACUCAUUUUUGACGGAUUUGAAGCACUGGCUGCAGCUGGUCAACAUCAAUGCCAAGCGGUACAUGCCCACCGUGCAAACCAACUGUCCAAAUCGAGCAGUAUCUUAGGACGUAAAACCU